AUGGACUUGGCAAAGGGUCUUGAGAACAGCAACAUCAGCACUUUCCGUGCGCAGGUUCAGUGCCUCACCAAUGAAAAUGUUCAGCUGCAAGAUCGAAACGAAAGGCUCUACAGCAAGGUGGGAGAGUUGCAGGAGAAGCUGGGACAACUGGGUGUCUCCAAGAUGGACCUGUCCUCCAGACUGAUUUACAGUGAAGAGGAUAAGCUCAAGAUUUCCAAAGACUUCAUUGAUUUCCAGAUUGAAACUAAUAAAAUGAGAGAACAACAUGAAGCCGAGAACUUUGAAUUGAAGAAUCUGAUCUUGGACUUGGAGAAUCGUAUUCUGGAGAUUGAGCUCCAUGAUGAGAGGACCACUGGGGAACGUGAUGCUUUGCAGAAAUGCCUGCACACCUUGGAGGAUGACCACAAGGAGCUGGCAAAUGAGUACCUUGUCUUGAAGAGCAACUACCUUGCACUGGGCAAGGAGCAUGAACGGGAAGUCUCUAAGAAUGAAGAACUGAGCAUAGAGUUACUUAAUUUGGUUAAGUCCAAGAGAGAGCAUCCAUACCAUAUCCAAAACCACAGCCCUGAGUCCCAAACCAAAGCUGAAGGACCAUCUGCGGAAGUGAAGCGGGUGAGGGCCUUGGUCCAUCGUCUCUCUGCACGCAAAGUCAAGCCAGAAGAUGUGGUGGCUUCAGAACACGAACGCCAAAAACUGGAGAAAAGUUUCUUUGGAAACCAAGGUCACAUCACCGAAGAGAUGGAAAAAAUGAGAGAAAUGUACAAUUCCCAGCAACAGAAACUGGAGGAGAGAAUGAUCACCAUGGGCAAGGAAUUGCAGGAGACCAAGAAAGCAAUUCGGAACACACAGCAUAAACUGGCAGAAGAGUCAGCGAUAUUGCUGUCAUCUCAAGGCCAGCUUCAAGAAGUAGAAUCCGAGAAUUCCAGGCUACAAUUACAACUGAAAGAGCUGAAUGAGGAAUACCGUUCGCGCCUUGUUCAGUACAUCACAGACCUGGCGGAAUACACUGAUAGUAAAUCAUCAGCUGCUACCAAGGAACCCACUCAAAUGAAGCGUUUUGUGGACAGCAUGCUGAAAGACAUCCGGGCUUCCUAUAGAUCUCGGGAGGAACAGCUGGCUAGAGCUGCUCGCGGUUACAAGAAACGCAUGCAAAAUUUGGUCAAGAAGCAUGAGGGUCUACUGAUUGCAUACAGGAUGCAGCGUGAGCAAAUCCAGUUACUGGGCUCUCAUGAGCUGGACCCUGGUCCACCAGAGCACCAUUUUUCCAUCACGGAUGCUGAACUGCUGACCAGCACCUCACAAGAGUUAAAUCGGUUGCGGGGAGACAAGGCCAGCCUGGAGACCCAGCUCCAUGAGCUGCAGAUGAAGGUAAAACUAAGUGAAAAGAUUACCUCCGGGACAUCUUCCCAGUGAGCUGAGCAUGGAGGUCUGCUGGAGGAUGAGGGCUGGGCUGAACUCAGGAAGCAGCUACGGGAAUUCACCCACGCUACACAAGUGGAGCUGGAAAGGGAGAGAAGCCAGCUGCUGGCCCGGGCAAUGGUGGCAGAAGAGCAGGUUGCUGAACUGCAGGAGUAUGUGGACAAACACCUGGUGAGAUACAAGCAGGAGAUCGUGAGAAUGCAGAAACUCCUGGGAACUGACAGAUCCCGAGCCCUGAGUGCUGGAGCAUCUGAGGUUCCAAUGCUUUUGAUACCCCAAAGGCAGCACCGCAAGGAAAUGUAG